UUCUAAUUUUGGAUACCUUCCUUGGUACCGUAGUUCUAUUCCUGUUGAAGGAAUAAUAGGAUUUCCCUGACAGUCAUCGAAUGCCCUCUCUCUCUCUCCCUCCGAACUUCCCCAAGCGUCUGAUCAAACCCAUCCUAAAUACCCAAGAUAACAAUGCCCACGGCCAACGCACCAUUCUCUCUUCUCCUCCUCACCUUCCUCCUGAUCACCACCCCACUACCCUCAACUUCCCUCCCCUUCGCCCAAUACCAAACCCUCCUCUCUCUCUCCCACUCUCUCACAACCCGCGUCGCCACCCUACGCGCCUCCCGCGGCGACGUCGAAGGGUCUGUCCGUGCCAGGAAAGUGGCCCAACAGCUGGAGCGUGGGCUGGGGCUCGGCUUCUACGGUCUUAUAUGGACCAUGGGCUGGGACUAUCUGAAGAACUACGCGUGGAGAGACGCUACGACGUCGUUUGAGAUGCUCAGUUCUUUGCCGGACUUGAACGAGUUGAUGAGAGCGGUGAAUGAGUUGACUCGGUUGGAGUCGCAGAUGGAGAGGGUGGCCUGGCUCCAGCGAAAUUACAAGGAUGCCCUUAGGGUGUCUAAGUCGCUGUUUGGAAGGCUUCUCAAAGUGUUUAGUCAAUCGGGACCAUUGCGAGGAGUGGUGGAGGCGAUGCAGAGAGAAGUGGUGGAGGGUGACUUGCUACGGGACUUCCUUGAAGUGGGAAGUAAUGACUUGAAGGGUUUGAUUCAAAUCUACAAAAACAUUGCUUUGCAAUUCUCCCCAACUGCUGCCAGGACUGAUUUAUGAAUGAGAGAGAAACACAAACGUUCAUAGAUGGGCCGGGCCUAGCCAUCGGACAAAAAAGUUUACAACCCGGGUUAGCAUAUUGUCACAUCUUGGGCUGACUGGGAAAUGGAAACCCGUUUAAUUGGUAUUGUCUGAAGGUAAUCUUGUUUUUUUGUUUUUAAUCUUGCAUUUCUUAAUUUAGUGUUAUAUGAAUUAUCAUACAAAUUAUUGAUUUUUCAUUUAGUUUGUAGGAUGUGGAUUGUGUAAAUCUAUGUGGGACCUAUGUGUGUUACAUUUAGUUGAUAGAGAAAAAAGUCUUAGCUCUGCAAUUUCUAAUUUAGUGGUUAUACAUGUCGACCUGAGCUUGACACAAACAAGAAGGGAUUUAAUGUGAUACAAUUUGACCAUGACAUUAAUGCAAAGACAUAAUUGACAUAUAACAUGGCACGAACGACUCAAUUGAAAGUUUGG